CGACGCUAGGACCCCAAAACGGCGGCUUGUCGUCGGCUAUUCAUUCAUCACAGUGCAAAUGAAAAACUAUCCAUCUGAAUUCAGAGUCAUCCUUUAAAUAUUACCGAUAUUCAGACGUUCCCCACAGUGUCUGGUUCAGACUACUGGAAUACUUAGCUGUGGGCCAAAGACGAAGUCAUGUUUCUGUACAGCGUUACCCUGCAAAGGGCCACCGGCAUCUCCCAUGCCAUCCACGGAAACUUCUCUGGCACCAAGAUGCAGGAGAUAGUCGUCUCUCGGGGGAAGAUCCUGGAAUUACUUCGACCAGAUGCUAACACUGGGAAAGUGCACACACUGCUCACAAUGGAGGUGUUUGGCAUCGUCAGGUCUUUAAUGGCCUUCAGACUCACUGGAGGAAGUAAAGAUUACAUAGUUGUGGGGAGUGACAGUGGACGCAUUGUCAUCCUGGAGUAUCAUCCAUCCAAAAACCAGUUUGAGAAGAUUCACCAGGAAACGUUCGGCAAGAGCGGGUGCCGGCGCAUCGUCCCUGGGCAAUUUUUGGCUGUCGACCCAAAAGGCAGAGCCGUCAUGAUUGGAGCAAUUGAGAAACAGAAGUUGGUUUACAUCCUAAACAGAGAUGCAGCUGCAAGACUAACCAUCUCCUCACCUCUUGAAGCCCAUAAGGCGAAUACUCUGGUCUACCAUGUUGUAGGAGUCGACGUCGGCUUUGAGAACCCCAUGUUCGCCUGCCUGGAAAUGGAUUAUGAGGAAGCCGACAAUGACCCAACUGGAGAAGCUGCAGCGAACACACAACAGACGCUUACGUUUUAUGAACUGGAUCUCGGUUUGAAUCACGUUGUGCGCAAAUACAGUGAGGCGCUAGAGGAGCACGGGAACUUCCUUAUCACAGUUCCGGGUGGCUCAGAUGGACCCAGUGGAGUGUUGAUCUGCUCUGAAAACUACAUUACAUACAAGAAUUUUGGAGACCAACCUGACAUUCGGUGCCCAAUCCCACGCCGGAGAAAUGACCUGGACGAUCCAGAGCGUGGGAUGAUAUUUGUUUGCUCAGCAACUCAUAAGACAAAGUCCAUGUUCUUCUUCCUGGCUCAGACCGAGCAGGGAGACAUCUUCAAAGUUACACUGGAAACUGAUGAAGAAAUGGUCACAGAAAUCAGGCUCAAGUACUUUGACACGAUUCCAGUGGCAACUGCCAUGUGUGUCCUCAAGACCGGCUUCCUGUUUGUGGCUUCUGAAUUUGGAAAUCACUACUUGUAUCAGAUAGCUCACUUGGGCGAUGAUGACGAGGAGCCGGAGUUCUCUUCAGCGAUGCCUUUGGAAGAGGGAGACACAUUCUUCUUUCAGCCUCGUCCCCUCAAGAACUUGGUGCUGGUGGAUGAACAGGAGAACCUGUCUCCAAUCAUGUCGUGUCAGAUCGCCGAUUUGGCAAAUGAGGACACACCCCAGCUCUAUGUGGCUUGUGGCCGAGGACCCAAAUCUACCUUGAGAGUUCUCAGACACGGACUUGAGGUGUCAGAGAUGGCUGUGUCAGAGCUCCCUGGUAACCCAAAUGCUGUGUGGACGGUCCGAAGACAUGUAGAAGAUGAGUUUGACGCAUACAUCAUUGUGUCAUUCGUCAACGCCACUCUGGUUCUUUCUAUUGGAGAGACUGUGGAGGAAGUGACUGACUCUGGUUUCCUGGGAACGACCCCGACUCUUUCCUGUUCUCUGCUGGGGGAAGAUGCUCUGGUCCAGGUGUAUCCAGAUGGAAUCCGUCACAUUAGGGCAGACAAACGUGUCAACGAGUGGAAGACCCCUGGCAAGAAAACAAUUGUCCGCUGUGCUGUGAACCAACGUCAGGUGGUCAUCGCUCUCACCGGAGGAGAGCUUGUCUACUUUGAGAUGGACCCGUCCGGCCAGCUGAACGAGUACACGGAGCGGAAGGAGAUGUCUGCAGAUGUGGUUUGCAUGAGUUUGGCCAAUGUUCCUCCCGGAGAACAGAGGUCCCGGUUUCUGGCUGUCGGACUGGUCGACAACACUGUCCGAAUCAUCUCCCUCGACCCCUCAGAUUGUCUGCAGCCGCUGAGUAUGCAGGCCCUGCCAGCCCAACCAGAGAGUCUGUGCAUCGUUGAGAUGGGAGGCGUCGAGAAACAGGAUGAGAUUGGAGAAAAGGGAACCAUUGGUUUCCUCUACCUGAACAUUGGCCUUCAGAACGGCGUGCUGCUGAGGACUGUGCUUGACCCAGUAACUGGUGACCUGUCUGAUACCAGAACACGUUACUUAGGUUCCAGACCUGUGAAACUCUUCAGAGUCAGAAUGCAGGGCCAAGAAGCUGUCUUGGCAAUGUCCAGUCGUUCCUGGCUCAGCUAUUCAUACCAAUCUCGGUUCCAUUUGACUCCGCUUUCGUACGAGACACUUGAAUACGCCUCUGGCUUCGCCUCUGAGCAGUGUCCGGAAGGCAUUGUGGCCAUCUCCACCAACACACUGAGAAUCUUGGCUCUGGAGAAAUUAGGCGCUGUCUUCAACCAGGUUGCCUUUCCUCUGCAGUACACACCCAGGAAAUUUGUGAUCCACCCAGAGACCAGCCUUCUCAUUUUGAUUGAGACUGACCACAAUGCCUACACAGAGGCCACCAAAGCUCAGCGGAAGCAGCAGAUGGCGGAGGAGAUGGUUGAGGCUGCUGGUGAGGAUGAACGAGAACUGGCUGCUGAGAUGGCUGCAUCCUUCCUCAAUGAGAACCUCCCUGAGGCAAUAUUCGGUGCACCAAAAGCUGGGGCCGGCCAGUGGGCGUCACUUGUGCGAGUGAUAAACCCCAUCGAUGGCAAAACUCUGGAACAAGUGCAGCUGGAACAGAACGAAGCAGCGUUCAGUGUUGCAAUUUGCCGUUUCAACAACGCAGGAGACGAUUGGUAUGUUCUUGUGGGUGUGGCCCGCGACAUGAUUCUCAACCCUCGAUCUGUGGCUGGUGGCUUCAUUUACACUUACCGACUCGUUGAUAAUGGACAAAAGCUGGAGUUUGUUCAUAAGACCCCUGUCGAGGACGUGCCACUGGCCAUCGCUGGCUUCCAAGGAAGAGCGUUGGUGGGAGUCGGUAAGCUGCUGAGAAUCUACGAUAUGGGCAAAAAGAAGCUGCUCCGAAAAUGUGAGAACAAGCAUAUUCCCAACCUGGUGACCGGGAUCCACACCAUCGGUCAGCGUGUGAUCGUGUCUGACGUCCAGGAAAGUCUCUUUUGGGUGCGAUACAGGCGGAACGAGAACCAACUCAUCAUCUUUGCUGAUGACACGUGCCCUCGCUGGGUGACAACAGCCUGUCUGUUGGAUUACGACACCAUGGCUUCUGCAGACAAGUUUGGGAACAUCAGCAUUGUGCGUCUUCCCCCAAAUACAAGUGAUGAUGUGGACGAAGAUCCGACGGGGAACAAAGCUUUGUGGGACCGAGGACUUCUCAAUGGAGCAUCGCAAAAGGCCGACGUGGUCGUAAACUACCAUGUCGGGGAGACAAUUUUAUCCCUGCAGAAGACGACUUUGAUCCCUGGAGGUUCAGAGUCCCUGGUCUACACCACCCUGUCUGGAGGCAUCGGCAUACUGGUGCCCUUCACUUCACACGAGGACCACGAUUUCUUCCAACAUUUAGAGAUGCACAUGCGCUCCGAGUUUCCCCCCCUGUGCGGCCGGGACCACCUCAGCUUCAGGUCCUACUACUUCCCUGUCAAGAACGUCAUUGACGGAGACCUGUGCGAGCAGUUCAACAGCAUGGACCCACACAAGCAGAAGAGUGUGGCGGAGGAGCUGGACCGAACACCACCGGAGGUUUCCAAGAAGCUGGAGGACAUUCGCACACGCUACGCGUUUUAAUCACACACAAUACCGCGAUGUUUCUGACCAGUCGGUACCGGACUCUUCACAUCCCUUAAACCUUCACAUAUGUGAGCUUCCACGCACCCCACCAGGGGACUAUAGGGUUGACACGCUGCGUCUUCAGUUGACGCAGACCCUGACAUGUGAUUUUGAUAUUUAUCUUUGGGAACGUCAGAUUAACGUCAGACAAUAAAUUGCAACCAUGUGAGCUUUCCAGGCAGGAAUUAGAGCAUGGUGAGAAACCUUAUAAGAAAACAUGAACCUUCUCGGAAUCGUCUCAGAUAUAGAUGACCAAUCAUUAGCGAUUUGUCGUGCGUCUACUAGAGUGUACUGUGCAGGCUGUCUGCAGCAGAGGUCCGGUCCUAAAUUUCUUCCAUCCUUCACUCAAGUCAGGUUCUCACUGCUGUUAUUUUUAAUUUUUUUUUAUUAACUCUAUUUUCACCCUUUGACCCGUGGCCUGUCAGUGGCUGACCUACGACCCCGACACAUUAAUUUGGCCUGAAUACGUGGGUGAGGCAGUGGUGACGGUCUGGACCGGGUGGUGAUGUUCUCAGCGCUGUAAAUUCCCAACCUCAGCCACAAGUACACAGUCACACAUUUUCUGGGGUUUGUGGUCUCUAUUGUAAAUAAAGUUUUUUUUAUACAUUAAAUCUGGAUCCACUUCCUGACGCUCUGAUCGCGCCCAACAAAGACUUGGCAGGAGCAGACAUGACUACUGACUUGUUCACCGUGACAUUCCACUGGUCAUCGAGGAGGUUCGGCUUUGUCUCCAAAACAUUGACAUUGUUUCGUGUUGGGGGGUUUAAAUGAUUCACUCUUGCAGCCAUCAGUGGUUUAUGCUUAGUUAAGAACAUCUGCAGAUGAUCAGCUUGUUGAUUUAAUAGUUUCUCUGUGCGCCGUCAUCGUUCUCAUUAACAGGUAUCUAUGAAAUGAAGCGCUGAUGUGCAGUAUUUUGAACUAAAAAAUGGUUGUCUGCUCUUUGUGUCUUUCACCUGCAGCGCUCUGCAUCCGCCUGCAUCUGUGGAGCAUUAUGUAUCUCGCAUUCCUGACCUGAAUGAACACACAUUUUGAGUGCACAAAAUGUAUACAAACUAAAGACCAGCAUGCAGUUUUCUGACAGACGAACAUUUAAUUUCCUGUCACUCAGUUAUCUUCUCACGUUUAGGCCUGAUCCAACCACUUUGAGCGCUGAGGAGGGACGGUGUCUUUGUGAAUGCUGUCGGCUGUUACUGAAAUAUCACCGUAAUUUUGUAUUAGUGUGUUAGUAUUAACUCCUGUCGUAAUAUUACAAUACUAGUGAUGAUGUAUGGCGAAGCUUCAUGAAACAGUGUCUAAUAUUCAGAGUCCAUCUUCCAUCGUCUAGAAAACCUCUGGCUUCGAAAACACAUUUCAAAAUAGUGAUGGGUAAAUGAGGCAUCAUAAAGCGUUUGGACACACUGUGUUGAUACAGUGUCACUGAAAACUGACACCUGCUGGACAUUAAAAAUCGACAUUAAAAGGCAACCGACUUGACAGAUUUGAUGACCUACUGUACACAGUCGUGUCAUUUAAGUCUUUGCAUUCAUUAUUAUUCCAUAUCUGUAAGUAAUAUAACGUGAGAUUAGAUUGUUUCCCAUCACUACUUCACUUUCAAUAAAACCUGACAUAUUUAAACUGAGAGCGCCACCUUCUGAGCUCAGAAACUACGGCCAUUGUUUAAUAAAGCCACGUACAAGAGCGUCCUGAGCGACUGAGAUCCACUUUCUUUUAUAGAUAACGUUAUCUAUUUCCCUUUAAGUUGUGGAAAG